AUGAAGGCUUUCCCGACUGACGACUAUGCUGCCGACUUAAAAGAUCUGGACUUAAAUGGAGCUGAUGUACCAAUGCAACGUAGCCUUGGCCUGAGCUGGCACUUAAAAACGGAUACGUUCACCUUCAGAGCUCCUGCGCAGGAUAGCCCAAACACCCGUCGUGGUGUACUGUCUACUGUCAACAGUCUCUCCGAUCCUUUGGGUAUGACCGUCCCGGUGACUGUUCAGGGUAGACUUUUUCUAAGAGACAUGUCUGUCGGGACCACUGACUGGGAUGCCCCCCUCGCUGUGAACCACGGCUGGCAAAGAUGGAAAGACUCGCUGCAAGCUCUCGAGGAUCUGCGGAUACCACGCCGGUACGUCACCGUAUCCCUAGCACACGCUAGACGCCGUGAGAUUUGCAUAUUCUCGGAUGCGUCGGAGAAAAUCAUUGCCGCUGUUGCGUACAUCAGAGUGAUCGACGCUAACGAAACGCCACACGUGGGUUUUGUCUUCGGUAAAGCAAAGUUAGCCCCAAGGCCUGAACAGACAAUUCCUAGGCUCGAGCUGUGCGCUGCAGUGCUCGCUGUCGAAAUCGGAGAGCUAAUCCUGGGCGAAAUUGAUACACCCAUCGAUGAUGUCAGGUUUUACUCUGACAGCAAGGUCGUCCUGGGAUAUAUCUUCAAUGAGUCAAGGCGGUUUUACGUCUACGUGAGCAACCGGGUUAACCGCAUUCGAAGAACCACGAAACCGGGCCAGUGGCACUACGUCCCAACGGACCAAAAUCCUGCGGAUCACGCCACUAGACCUGUGGCCCCGAGCGCGCUCAGCCGUACGACUUGGCUGACAGGGCCAAAAUUCCUCGAAAGACACGAAUGUAUGAACUCCGAGAAAGACUGCCCGUUAUGCGAACCGGACGGUGACCCAGACGUCCGGCCGCUUGUGACAGUCUCCGCGACACACAUAGAAAAGCAGUCGCUGGGAGCUCAUCGUUUCGAACGGUUCUCCUCGUGGACUUCUCUCGUACGUGCCGUAGCGAACCUCAUACAUGUCACUCGCUCCUUUCACGACCCUCACGAUGGUUGCUGCGGUUGGCACUACUGCAGCAAGCCACAGACCGUAGAAUUCGAGGCAGCAAAGAAGGUCAUACUUCACUCUGUCCAGCGUGAACAAUUCGCAGACGUCUUCCUGAGCCUUGGUACUGAUGGCCACCGCAAGCAUGCUCCGUCCAACCACACUCUGUCAAAACUAGACCCCAUCGUCGGCAAUGACGACUUACUGAGGAUCGGUGGCCGCCUACGAAAUUCGAAAGAACUCGACGAAAAGGAGAAGCACCCUCUCAUCGUGCCAGGCCGCCAUCACAUAGGCUUGUUGCUUACGCGACACCACUACGAAGACGUUGUCAGACAUCAGGGGCGUCACUUCACCGAAGGGGCCGUCAGAGCUGCCGGAUUUUGGAUUGUCGGUGGAAAGAGAUGUAUCAGCGCGAUCAUUCAACGAUGUAUGACCUGCAGGAAACUCCGCGGAAAGCUGGAAACGCAAAAGAUGGCACCUCUUCUUGAGAAUCGACUAAGCCUGGAUCCUCCUUUCACCUUUGUCGGGUUGGACGUUUUUGGUCCCUGGAUGAUAGCCGCACGCCGCACAAGGGGCGGCAUAGCCCAAACUAAGAGGUCGGCGGUGUUAUUUACGUGUAUGGCCGUCCGCGCAGUCCACAUCGAAGUGAUAGAGGCGAUGGACACUUCGAGCUUUAUAAACGCAUUACGGCGAUUCCUGGCUGUCAGAGGUCCAGUAAAACAACUUCGGUCAGACCAAGGAACGAAUUUUGUCGGAGCCUGGGCAGAGCUCAAGAUAACUACAGUGCGUCUUGAUUUCAACAAGGUUCAGAGGUCUCUCAACGGACAAGGCUGUACGUGGGUUUUCAACACUCCACAUUCUUCGCACAUGGGUGGAGUGUGGGAACGUAUGAUUGGAGCUGCUCGUCGUAUCCUGGACUCUAUGCUACUCCUCAGAAACACCAAGCUUUUCUCACAUGAAGUCUUAACUACAUUCUUGGCAGAAGUCGCUGCCAUCAUCAAUAGCAGGCCACUGGUCCCAGCCUCAUCGGAUCCUGAAUGUCCCUCUGUCCUCAAACCAGCUCUGAUAUUGACUCAGAAGCCUUCCUCAAGCUCAGUACCUCCAGGAGAGUUCACAAGACUCCAUGUAAAACAAUGGAGACAGGUUCAGGCCUUGGCGAACACGUUUUGGCAUCGUUGGAAAGCAGAGUACCUACCCACACUUCAAGGCCGCAGAAAAUGGCAAAGAGAGCGACCCAAUCUUCGAGUCGGUGAUCUGGUUCUGUUGAAGGAUAGUGGAGCUAGGCGUAACGAAUGGCCAAUGGGGCGGAUCACUGUAGUGCAUCACGGGAAGGACGGCAAAGUGCGAAAGGUGGAAGUACAGACGGCAAAGGACGGGAACAAGAAGACCUUCCAACGACCAGUCACCGACGUGGUACUUCUGUUCUCUUCACCUGAAUGA